AUGGCAGUAGAACCCUCUUCUCGUCCAAGAGGGGGAAGACCCCCUUGUCCUCCUAGAAAGAAACGGAAAAUCCCAGAUAGGAAUCCAACUGAGAAUCUCCAAAAGAAUUCAGAUGAGAAUCUCCAAAAGGAAGCGAGAGAGCUUCUGCAAUCCUCUGAUAAUUCUUCAAUGGAGACUUUUGUCAACAACGUUAUUAUCCCUCCACAGGACAAACAACAAGAAACCCUGCUGAAAUAUUGCAGGCAAAACUACCCGAGUGCUUUGUCCUUAAAGCUCUUACACAUCUCUCAUUUCUCUUUUAAAUUUCAUACCAGAAUCUUUGCAGCCUCACUCCUUCAAGACCUUCCCCCUCACCAUCACUUUUCCUCUUGGCCUUCCAUCUCCAACAUGAUCCUCUCUGAGCUUAAAUCAGAUGCUUUUCCUUUACUUGCAAAAGAGGACUCAAAACCCGUUUUCCGCAUUUUGUGCAAGAUCAUCUCUGAGAUAGCCUUUCGUCACUUUAAGACCAGAAAUGAUGGUAGGCGUGAGCUGCUUGAUUUUAUAGUUUCGCGCCUCGGCUCAGAGACUCCAGAAGAACAAGGAUUGGGGCUUUUGAUGUUCCAUGAAUUGUUCAAGAACCUAGUCGGUUUUAUUAAUCCUUAUCUUGGCACUAUAUAUUUGUCAAUAUUGCGAUGCUUGAAUUCAAUGAAUGCUGAAAUUAGAACACUGGCAUUUGGUGCAUCGGUAACUUUCAUGCAUCAACUGAAAAAGCCUGAUGACCAUUUUUGGAUCAGUAACCUCUUGAUUUCAAUGAGGAAGUCAUUAUCUGGACCAAUAAAUGAAGAUUUUAGAGACAUGAUACAAAUGAGUCUUAAGAAGUUGGUUGACUUGGUGAAGGAUGAACAGGAAAUCUAUGAAACACAAGUGAAUUCUCUUUUUGAGUUGGUUCUUGGGGUCACAGAAAUGGAUAGCAUAGGAGAGGGGGCUCCGACCGUGGCUCUGGAUAUUUUUUUGUUGCUUACUGAAGAAUGGAGGCAUGAGAUAAAUGAAAUGCUGAACAGCUUGACUACUGAUAAAUUCAACAGAUUUCUUGUUACAUUGAUUGAAAUGAUAUCAAAUAUCUCGGAUGACCACAAUGGAAAUGAUCUUGAGGCGGAGAAGGGUGAGGAAUUUUUUGAUGAAGAAAGUUAUAGGGUUGGGACUGCCUGCUUGGAGCAAGUUACUUUUGCAGUGAGUAAGCAUGAAAGUGUGCCUGUUGCUCUUGAGCUGAUAGCUCAGUUUGUAGCUUCCCCGGACUGGAAAAGGCGUCAUGCUGGAAUUACUUCUAUUCAACUACUUUCAGAGGCAAUCACUGAUCACCUUGAUGUGGAGCAAGCUAGGACAGUGGUUUUGAGAUCAUUACGAGAUCUCCAUCCUCAAGUAUGCUUGGCUUCAAUAAAUGCCACCGAGGCAUUACUGAACCUUAGACGGAAAUUUCAUGUUCAAAACCAUCACAGAAUUCUGCCAGCACUUUCUGCAGUAACAAAGGAUAGCCAGAAUCCACAUCUGCAGGUGAGAGCUGCUCAGGCCAUCCGUACUUUCUGUCUGAAAUCUACACCUGAUGAUUUAUCUCCUUACUUGGGUGACACAGUGAAGAAUCUACUUGCACUUCUGAAGAAUGAGGACAAGAAAUUGCAUGAAACGACACUUGAAGCGCUAGCAUCUGUUGCCAGCUCGUCACAGGCCUACUUCCAGAAGCAUUACAAGACUGUUAUGCGUCGGUUGCUUUUGUUUAACUUAACUGGUGUUCGCACUGGGGUGCUCCUUGCCAAGAACGCCGAUUGCAUUGGGUGCAUAGCAGUUGCAAUUGGGAAGGAAAAAUUCAAGAUUUUUGCUAAGGAGUCAAUAACCUUUUCAACAUACUUCAUACCAAGAAAUUAUCUUGUAGUUUCAACUUUCAAGUCCUUAAGAGGGAAGGUUAUCAGAGUUGUUAUCUCAGUGCAGAAAUCAAUGAAGCAGACACAUUAUGUGACCAGAUUCUACAUCUUCAAAGCCUGGGUGCACUUGUGUAAAUGCUUACAGCGGGAUGUCGCUUCUCAUAUUCAAGAUUUGAUGCCUGUUGUUCUUAACUCUGCUCAUCUAAACCCUCAAGAAUUGUCAGUUAGUCCGAGAGUGCACAUGGAUCGCUUAAGGGAGAAGACCAUGGCAUGCAUACUAUUAUCCACCUGUGCAUUUCAUUUGAAGGAGAUGUUUUCCCCAUGGGCCCGUGUGGCUGGAAACGUAUUGGUUCCUCUGCUCACGUUUCGACAAGAACCUGAAAUAAGGAAGGCUUCUGCAUCAGCUAUGCCAGAGCUGUUGAGUUCAUUCAAAUCUCAAGGAAAAAUAGCAUCAUACACUCAAAAGUUUGUCAUCGUCAUUAUUCCGGCUUUGGUGGAAGCUCUAGGCAAUGAACGAGACAGAGACAAUUCUGCAGUAAUGUUAACGUCACUGAACAAAUGCAUAGAGAUCACAGGAUCGCUUUUCACUAUUGCACAGUUCAAAUUGAUUUUGGAAGCCAUGGAGCAAGCAUUGAUCACAUAUUUGCAGAGAAAUUUACAAAUAAGGGAUGUUAAUGGGGAAGCUAAACAUACGGAAGAAGACAACAUUGUCCAAAUUGGUACUUGCUUGAGCACUUUGAUAGACAGAUUCACCGAUAAAAUCCGUCCUUUCCUAGAUCAGAAUCUGUCACAAAUGAUGCUCUUGUGGGCACCAUUAGCCACUGAAAAGGGAAAAAAUGGACAAAGAAAGAAACUAGCACUAUGUACAUCUGAUCGCUUCUACACAGGUGACGAUAGAACAGCGAAAGAGAGGGCGAUUGCUUUUGGCAUUUUUACUAGUGUUAUUCAGAAAUAUGAAGACCUCGCACACAAGUACUAUGAUUUGUAUCUUCCGCAGCUCUUCAAAGCUUGCUACAACGAGAACAUAGUCCUUCAACAGGAAGCUGUGCGUGGAAUCGGUGUUUGUGUCGACUUUAGUCCAUCAAAAUUCAGAGCCAGUGCAGAAGCUGCAAUUUGGGGUCUAUAUGACAUUGUAAGACGAAACUGGGAAUAUUCAAUGGUGUAUUAUGAUGCUAUCACAGUUCUGGGUUCUUAUUCGCUCUCUUCUUCGUUCGAUCAGGAUAUCCUAAGCUGUUGCAGCUGUUACUUAUCUUGCUCCAAAGUUGGCUCUGCAGAAACAUGA